GUCGCCGCUCUCCCGGCCGCUGAAAGUGGCCGCCUCUCUGCUGCUGCCGACUCGGCGCCUCAGUCCCUCUCCCUUCGCUCACACCCGCCAUUUUGGAGACGGAGAGCUGAGAGUCGGCAGCAACGGAGACGGAGCGAAAAAAAGGGGCAGCACGACCGGGGUGGGGGGACUAAGCCUUGCCAUUUCAUGAAAUCUGGGUCUUGGAACUGGAAAUGACGAAAUCUCAUUUUCCUAAGUGAGUGCCCUGCUGGGCCCAGGACGCAUUCUGUCUCCCUAUGGCCUCAGAGCAGGAUGGUGUGGACUCUGCCUGCUCUAAGCUGGCCAAACCGCUCCAUCUGCAGUACCUGGAGCGCUCCCUCAGGCUGGAUGCCUUCCUCCGCCAGACCUCCACCAUAUUCAAUCAGGACAUAUCCAGUGAUGACAGUGAUGAUGGCUUGGGUGAGGGGCCUUCUCUCGCUCCCUCCAACCCUCAUGCUCCUGUGCUAGCUGUGAAGGAAGAGCCUCUUGACUCUGAGGAAGGAACCAAGGGGUCUGGUGGAGGUGGGACAGAGUGUGGAACUCUCAAUGGAGUCCUGCUUCAGGAGCACAAGGCUGACAAAGCCAACCUGUAUAACUUCUCCAAGCUGAGGAAGAGCCGGAAAUGGCUAAAGGGUAUCUUGUUAAGUGAUGACACUACGGAUUCAGACACAGACUCAGAUGACUCAGAUUUCUCAAUGACCCGGGAGGAACUGCACGACAUGCUGCGAUUGCAUAAGUUUACCAGGUUGCACCAGAGCAAGUUUCACGCUGACCGUGAGCUGCAGCAGUAUCAGUACUACAGCACAGGCCUUCUGUCUACCCAAGACCCUUUCUAUGAGCAACAGCGCCAUCUGUUAGGGCCCAAGAAAAAGAAGAUUAAGGAGGAGAAGAAAUUUAAGGCCAAGUUAAAGAAGAUGAAAAAGAAGAAGAAACGUGGUGAAGAUUUAUCCAUGGAAGGACGGCCGUAUGUCACCAAAAUAUUUGCCAAGUUCUCUCAUGAUGCACCGCCGCCCAUAACAAAAAAGAAGCACUUAACACUUGAGCAGUUAAAUGCUCGUAGACGAAAAGUCUGGCUUACUAUUGCCAAAAAAGAAAACCCUAAGGCUUUUAAACAGAAAGCAUCUGCGAAGAACUUUGUUUUAACCAAUGCCAAAAAGCUGGCUCAUCAGUGCAUGCGUGAGGUGCGCAGAGCUGCAAUCCAGGCUCAGAAGAACUGCAAGGAGACGCUACCGCGUGCACGCCGCCUCACUAAAGAAAUGUUGCUGUACUGGAAGAAAUAUGAGAAGGUGGAGAAAGAGCACCGCAAGCGUGCAGAGAAGGAGGCACUAGAGCAGCGCAAACUGGACGAGGAGAUGAGAGAGGCCAAGAGACAGCAGCGGAAGCUAAACUUCCUCAUCACGCAGACUGAGCUGUAUGCCCACUUCAUGGGAGGCAAGCACAACGCAGUAGGAGGAGACAGCAGUCAGGAGGAGAUCCUCCGGAAGCUGGACGAAAACACAGCCCAGCGGCAGAUAGACAUUGGUGGGGGAGUGAUGGUCAACAUGGGUCAGGAGGAUUAUGACAGCGAAUACUACAAGUCUCAAGCCCUGCGGAAUGCAAAAGAGGCGUACCACAUUCACCAGGCCAGAACGAGGCAGUUUGAUGAGGAGGCGAAGGACAGUCGCUGUGCUUCUCUGCAUGUGGCUAGUGUUUCAGGCUCUGGUUUUGGGGAGAGCUACAGCCUCUCCAACCCUUCAAUUCAGGCUGGCGAGGACAUUCCUCAGCCCACCAUUUUCAAUGGCAAGCUAAAGGGCUACCAGCUAAAAGGAAUGAACUGGUUAGCUAACCUUUAUGAACAGGGCAUCAAUGGCAUCCUGGCAGAUGAAAUGGGGUUGGGCAAGACAGUCCAGAGCAUCGCCUUGCUUGCCCACCUGGCAGAGAGAGACAACAUUUGGGGACCCUUCUUGAUCAUCUCCCCAGCCUCCACACUCAACAACUGGCAUCAAGAGUUCACCCGCUUUGUGCCGAAAUUCAAGGUGCUGCCGUACUGGGGGAACCCCCACGACCGCAAAGUGAUUCGAAAGUUUUGGAGCCAGAAAACCCUGUACACACAGAAUGCUCCGUUCCACGUAGUAAUCACCAGUUACCAGCUUGUGGUGCAAGACGUGAAGUACUUCCAGCGAGUGAAGUGGCAAUACAUGGUUCUGGACGAGGCCCAGGCACUGAAGAGCAGCACCAGCGUGCGGUGGAAGAUCCUACUUCAGUUUCAGUGCCGAAACCGGCUGCUACUAACAGGAACACCCAUCCAGAACACGAUGGCUGAGUUGUGGGCCUUGCUUCACUUCAUCAUGCCAACUCUCUUUGACUCUCAUGAGGAGUUCAAUGAGUGGUUCUCCAAAGACAUAGAAAGCCAUGCCGAGAACAAAUCUGCCAUCGAUGAGAAUCAGCUCUCCAGACUGCACAUGAUCCUGAAGCCUUUCAUGCUUCGCAGAAUAAAGAAAGAUGUGGAGAACGAGCUCUCGGACAAGAUUGAAAUCUUGACGUAUUGCCAACUGACGAGCAGGCAGAGGCUGUUGUACCAGGCCCUGAAGAACAAGAUCUCCAUCGAGGACCUGCUGCAGUCGUCCAUGGGCACAGCCCAGCAAGCCCACAGCACCACCAGCAGCCUCAUGAACCUAGUCAUGCAGUUCAGAAAGGUGUGCAACCACCCAGACCUUUUUGAGCGGCAGGAGACACGUUCACCCUUUCACAUGUCUCUGAAGCCCUUCAUCAUGUCCAAGUUCCUGUUUCGCCAAGGCCUCCUCAACAGCUGCAGUCAGGGGAGGGCCAAGCUGCUGCAGGUUCUGCUCUCACCUUUUUCCCCUCAACACAUCCAGCAGUCUUUAUUCCACAGGAAAAGUGAUGAUGAAAGCAGCUGCUUCUCCUUUCUCCGGUUCAUUGAUGUGUCACCAGCAGAGAUGUCCAACCAAAUGCUGCAGGGCACACUGACAAGAUGGCUAGCACUUUACCUCUCCUUUAAAUCUGCCCAUCGACUCCAUCAUCAGCGGCUGUGGGCUGAAGCAGAGGUUUGUGAGAGGAAGGCUGAGUGGAGCUCUGGAGGUCACUGCCUUUCUAACAGAGACUUUGUCCUGUGGCCAGACAGGCCAACGUCAUUCCCCAACACGCACAGCAGCACUGUCCUGCGGGACCUGGUUUUCACAGCUCAGCAUCCAUGGCUCUUCACACACGCAGACGUAAUUGUCUACAGUAGGCGCUCUUCCACCACCUCCUCCCUCAGACCCUGCCAACCCAGCCAGCCGCCCAAGUUCAUACUCACAGCUACACCCAGGGUGACAGCAGUUCCUAUUGAGCGAUGCUGUCCGGAUCGGAGUGCCGAGUAUGAGUGGCGGCAGGUCCGGGAUGGCGGGAGCUUGGCUGCUAAGCAGUGCUUUCUGUAUGGCUCACCAGAGCUGGCCCAUGCCUGGGCUGCCCGCUCCCACUCCUUUCACCCUGAGAGCCCUGGGGGCAUGAUGGCCCUCCAGCCCAGACAUGGCUGGUCCUUCAUCAGGAUACCAGACAAAGAGAGUCUUAUCACGGACAGCGGCAAGCUUCACACUCUGGACCUGCUGCUGACUCGACUGAAGUCUCAGGGCCAUCGUGUGCUCAUUUACUCUCAGAUGACCCGCAUGAUUGACCUGCUAGAGGAGUACAUGGUGUACAGGAAGCACACCUACAUGCGACUGGACGGUUCAUCCAAGAUCUCAGAACGUCGGGACAUGGUGGCAGACUUCCAGAGCCGGACGGAUAUUUUUGUCUUCCUCCUCAGCACAAGAGCGGGUGGCCUUGGCAUAAACUUAACUGCUGCAGACACGGUGAUUUUCUAUGACAGUGACUGGAACCCUACAGUGGAUCAGCAGGCCAUGGACAGAGCUCACAGGCUGGGCCAAACCAAACAGGUCACUGUCUACCGCCUCAUAUGUAAGGGCACUAUUGAGGAGCGCAUCUUGCAGAGGGCCAAAGAGAAGAGUGAGAUUCAGAGGAUGGUGAUCUCAGGUGGAAACUUCAAACCCGAUACCCUCAAGCCCAAAGAAGUGGUCAGUCUUCUCCUGGAUGAUGAGGAGCUGGAGAAAAAACUGCGCUUAAGGCAGGAAGAGAAGAGGCAGCAGGAAGAGAGCAGCAAGGUGAAGGACCGCAAGAGGAAGAGAGAGAAAUAUGCAGAGAAGAGAAAAAAGGAGGAUGAUGUAGAAGCAAAGAAAAAGAAGGAAGGUGUCAACUUGGUCAUCCCAUACGCUCCCUCUGCAGACAAUUCCAACCUGUCAGCAGAUGGGGAGGACUCCUUCAUCAGUGUGGACAUGGACUCGGCCAUGCCCAGCCCCUUCAGUGAGAUUUCUCUGAGCAGCGAGCUGCAGCCUGGCUCUCUCCCAGCCGACGAGAGCAGCAGCGAUAUGCUAGUGAUCGUAGAUGAGCCCGUGUCGUCUGCCCCGCAAUCCCGCGCCACCAACUCCCCCGCCUCUGGCACCGGCUCUGUGUCAGACAACAUGAACGGUGUCUCUUCUCAAGACACAUCCAGUCCAGGCAGAGGAAGGUCCGGUAGGAGCCGAGGUCGGCCCAAAGGCUCCGGAGGGGCCGGGAAGUGCUCCAGCAGGAAGGGUCGAGGAAGGAAGUCGACUGCAGGCAGCGCAGCAGCCAUUGCUGGGGCAAUGGCAGGAGCAGCAGCCGCCUCAGCCGCUGCAUACGCUGCUUACGGCUACAGUGUAUCCAAAGGUAUUCCUGCUUCUGGUCCAUUGCAGCCUGCAUUGGCUCGCUCUUCCGCUACACCUGCCUUCGUCCCUGUGGGCACCUCCUCCCCGCAGGCUAAAGGCAGCACCAUGGGCCCUGGCUCUCAGAUGCUAGCACAUGGCAGCUCCCACAUCCAUCACAACCCCUCCAAGAGAGGCAAAGGACCCAGUAGCCAUGGGGGACGGUAGCAGUCUGAGUAGGGUUUGUGGUAGGCUAAUGUGUAAUUCUAGAUUGGCCAGUAAUUUCACUCUUGAGGCUAAACCCCCUCAUGGUUUCUUAUGAUGUCUAUCCAUCGCAAAACAUUUCACCAGCCCUGCUGUCACUGUGAAACCUUUCUUCAUUUCCCUGUAAUUUAGCAGUGAAGUGAUCUUACCCCCUAAAUCAAAGAGGAGCAAUCUGGGAGGUCUGGAAAAAGACUGCACAAGAGAAUAGUGGGAAAAGUGGAAAUGCUGUUCUUCAGUUGAAAUGCAAAUCCCUAUUUAUUUCAAGAGGCUUGUGGUUGAAAGCAUUUGGUUUAUGAAGGGCAAAAGACUUUUGAUUAACAUGAGAGAAAAACAAUGAAUUUUUUUGGUACAAGGCAGUGAAAUUGUCCAAUACAUGGCAUUGUGCACUGAGCAAAGGGCUGCAUAACAGUUUCUGGAAAAAAGGCAAUUCACUUGCUUUCACAAUUAGGUAAAAACACAUUCUCUCCUAUUGAGCCUCUCUCUCUCCUGAAAAAGGUGCAGAUGUGUUUGGUGAUCAAGAACAGAACAGGAAUGCAACACAUCUCUCCUCUAUUGCACUUGUUGAUCAGAGACAUGUUUUGGGGACAGAGAGGCAAAUAUGCAGAUGCAAGUUUUUUUUUCUCAUUUCCUCUAAUAGCUGGAAAUGACUUGCAGGCUUCUAAGAACAUUGUUGCAAUUGUGAAACAGAGAAUACAGAGCAGGGAACGGGGGAGGGGUCAAGUGUUCGCCAAGCGCACACCCUUCAUCAGUAAAGACAUCUUUAGUUCAACAGAACACGCAAGACUGCUUUUAUAAAUGACUAUUUUUGUGGAAAAGUCUCAUCAGCAUUAUUGUAGUAUGAACAUCAACCAUUCACAAUGCCAAACAGCCUUCUCUUUCUACAGUUAUUUGCCGCAAAUUGAAUUUUGGCUUUAAAUACUAAUAUAUAUUUUGACCAGGAAGGUGAAAAAGAGUUACAGGUAUUUUGUAGAGGAGUGAAAUGUAGAAGUGGGCACUGCUUAAAAUUGUCACCACUCCACUUUAUCAAGGCUGACUUCAUAUUCUUUAAUGGAUGUAAAAUGUAUCAUAGCUUAAGUUAAAAGUUGGUAAUUUAUGAAGAUUUGUGCUAACUGUAAAUUGUAUCGAAGCCAUUUAUUUUUAAAAGAUAAAUGUGUUGCAAAUUCAUAAGUUUUUGUGGCAUCAGUGGUUUUGAGGUUUAUUUUGUCUUUCAACAUGAUAAUAUUGUGCAGCGUUUGUAAAUACUGCAGUGGAUAUUGCUCCUUUCAAAGUUAUCCAUAUUUCCCAUAUUGCUUGUCUAUUUUUAUAGGUCACUGUGUACAUACCAGAGAGAAAAAGUGGUCAUUUUACUAACUUGGAGUAAAUCCAAAAUAAAAA